UGGCCCGUCGCCCGCGGCUCCAGCCGGGCUCUCAUGGUGCUCAAACCCGCUCCCCUCCCCUACGUCCUGCACUUUCUUGGACCAGUACCCCCACUCCCAACCCGACCCCAACCCCACCUGAGGGUGAGCGACUCCUGUACUGUAGGGAAGAAGUGGGAACUGAAAUGGUAUUUUGUAAAAAAAUAAAAUAAAAAUAAAAAUAAAAAAAAUUAAAAAAAAUAAAAGUUUUAAAGAAAGAACUAUGAGGAAAAGAAACCCUGUCCUCCCCAGCCUCGGCCAAUUUAAAAAACAUUGGACACCACCACCACCCCCCCUUUUUUUUUUUUAAGGCGUGAAAUAGCCCAGGGCAGGGCCUCCCUGGGGCAGGGACACCCUGGGGUGAGUUUCUCUGGGGCUUUAUUUUCAUUUUCUUAGUUCGUCUUCUCCCGCUGGGGCUGCGGAGGGGUGGGGGGGUUUACAGUCUCGCCCCCUCGCACUGCACUGUCUCUCUGCCCCAGGGGCAGAGGGGUCUUCCCAACCCUACCCUAUUUUCGGUGACUUUUGUGUGAGAAUAUUAAUAUUAAAAAUAAAAGCAGGAAAAAAAGACCCAUGUGUUUUGAUGAUGGCUGUAAAGAGUAUCUGUUGAAGGGCCGGGAAUUGAUGGAUUGAUGGGAGGGCAGCGCAGACCCUGGCAGUGGCGAGCCCCUCCCCGGAGGCGCCUGUGGAAUGUCCAGAGCCUCCGUCUGCUCCUUGGGAUGAGGAUGCCUAAUCCUAGAGCUGCAUUCCAGGAUAAGGUAGUUGGGGGUGGGGAGAGGCUGCACCGGGGGAGGGGCAGGAAAGAGGGCUAUAAGGGCUGCCGCCGUGCGGGGCGGGAACCAGCCAGGCCAUGGCGGAGGUCCCGGGAGCCCAACGCUCGGUUCUUGCUGGGGGCCCAGAGCCCCGGGAUCCCCUGGACUGCUGGGCCUGUGCAGUGCUAGUAACGGCUCAGAAUCUGUUGGUGGCUGUCUUCAAUCUUCUCCUGCUGGCAUUAGUCCUGGGGACCAUCUUGCUACCCGCUGUCACCAUGCUGGGCUUCGGCUUUCUCUGCCACUCUCAGUUCCUGCGUUCCCAGGCACCCCCUUGCACUGCCCAUCUGCGGGACCCAGGCUUCACCGCCCUGUUGGUCACUGGAUUCCUGCUGCUGGUACCGCUGCUUGUGCUUGCCUUGGCCACCUAUCGCCGCCUCUGCCUGCGUCUCCGCCUGGCUGACUGCCUAGUACCCUACAGCCGUGCCCUCUACAGGCGCCGGCGCAUCCCACAGCCGAAGCAAAUCCCGGCAUCACCAGGGUCUCGGGCUGUUCCCACACCGGGAAAGGUCUGGGUUUGAGGUGCGUUGAGUCAAGAAUUCUGUCGAUUGUCCUCCUCCUGGACGUGGAAGGACUUGAAGCAAGCUCAGGGGUAUUCUGCCUUGCCCUGCUCCCUACCAUUGCCCCUUUGAUGGAGCAUCACCACCGGUGGAUCCGAUGCUGGUGGAAAUCCCCAUGCCCCAGAACAUCUCACUUGAGUCCUGGAUGUUUGGGCUGGACCCUGCUCAUCUCUCUCUCUCUCCCCUAGCCUAAAUAGGAGAGCUGAACUUUGUGCCUUCCUUAGCUGGUGCUGCUCCUCUAAUAUUUACGGGACUGAGGGACAACUCUAGAGAAUGAACCAUCACAAAUAAUAAAGGAUUUAUGAAAUGAA